AUGGCCAAGAAGAGAGACUUCAAGCCGCAACUCGCGCCACUAAGAGUAUCGCAAAUGCUUGGGAGUUGUAUGGUGCAUCCGAACCUGAACGUGCUGUUGCUGAAUUCGGUACUUUGUNCUGGCACUAUCAACGUCGACAACAUCUACCGUUUCGUUCAGAACAUCUUGCGCAAGCACGACGUGGACUUUCUUGUUGCGCCGCAUAGCGCAUGUGCUCAGCUCGCCUCGAUCGCUGGAACUGAGUUCUGCGAUGCUGUGGCAGGGUCCAGCGACAUUCUUAUGUAUGAGAUUGAUCAGCUUAUCACCAAACUUGACUUCGAGCAGGCUCAAUUCUCAUGGGUGACUCGUCGCGAAUGUAUGGAGGCUCUUGGCGCUCCUUCCACAGCUAUGUUUGUCGAUGCUUGCCUCCUUUCUGGCUGCUCAAUUCUGCCCACUCUCCCUCAACUGGAGAAUGAUAUAACUGCAUCUCCCAGGACCCCAAAGAUCAGAGCCGCUGCUGAUCUCCUCAAGAGAAGUCAAACUAACGGUAAUGCUCUCUGUCUACAAUAUCAGGAUGACCCGGCCAUGAUCGCAAUGAACUACCUAGACCGCUAUCGCAAGGCAAGCCUGUACAUCAAGCAUUACGUUUGCAUUCGACCCAACGGCAAGAUCGAGUCUGUCGACGGAGCUUCUGCACCUAGCGACCUUAACAAUAUCAUGGGUCAUCGUCUGCCAGAGGAAGCAUUCGGCUAUCUUUCGCACGGCAUCAUCAGUCCUGAAGUACUCAGCUGGAUAGCAUCCAAUGAGAUCAUCGAGCGUCCACCUCUUGAUGGAGGCGAGGCUGAGGUCUACCGCCGUCUCGUGUCUGACGGCCUUAUUCCUCUGCGAACAUCUGCUCUAUCACUUCUCACAUACUCGUUCCACCGCUUCUACCAGCACAGGCCUAUCUAUUUGAGAUGCUGGUUCAGCCCCAACGCACCGAAGACAUUGAACGUUGCAGACACCACCGAUCCUAGGACGACGAUUUCGGGAUGGAACGUUCGACUUGAACAAAUUACAGCGAAGGCGACCAAGCUUGAACGCGACGUUUCGUCUCUGGCCUUUGCAGUGAGCAGCUUGCAAGACACCGCGUUUGCAAAGACUACUGUCACACCAAAGUCUAUUGGACAGAAGCCGCUCAGCUCUCCUGAAGAGGUACAGUCCAAUGCGCUAUGGAGGUUCCUUCAGCUGCGUGGCUACAUCCAGCAAGAUCAUCAGCUCAGUACUCUUGGCCAGUGCCUGCAAACCGCUUUCUCGCGUCAUAAUCAGCAAGAUUUGGAAGAACCCACUCUUCUUGCUUUCGAGAUGUUGCGCCUGAAUCUGCUCAACUCGAACAACAUGUUCCCCUACAAUGGCUCUCCCCAGCGUGGAUCUGAGACUGACAAGCGCAACACGCUGCUGGUCAGCAGGGUCGCAUGCUUCGCAGCACUUCGUCACAAGAGCAUAGGAUUUACUGGACCCCUGAGCAGACACCUGCUUGCUUACACGUCGAUGGUGUCUGCAGUGCGCGGCAGCUUGCGCAAUGUGGUUGAGAUGAGUCUCUUUGGUUUGUUGGCCAACCAUCACGUGGACCGCAAGAUGGCCCCUAGCCAGCUGGCUCAAAUAAGCUACAGCCUGCCUUUCCUGAACGACGUAGACUGCGCUCUCGGUAUUGCGGUCAAGUCGUACCUGGACGAGUUGUCUGCACAGAGCGAGCCCACCUCAGAGGCCUCGCGCCAGGCAGUCAAGACUAAGGGAGCUAACGAGUGGUUCCCCCACGCUACUAACUUCCAGGGAGACUUGCAAAGAGCUUUCGCAUUGUGGGAUUCGGUAAGUCUUGUCAUGAGAAACACUCAUGACUCUACUAAUGCGGUGAACAGGUCUACGCUGCUGUUGCAAGUGCCCCUGAGACUG